AUGAACAUAACAAGAUAUAUAAUCUCAACUUUCUUAUUAUAUACAAUAAUUCUAAAUUAUAACAUAUUAAUUUAUUUAAUUGAUACCAAUUUAUAUGAAAUAAAGGAAAAAAGGAAUCUAUGUAAAUUUUUUGGUUAUUGUUUGCAUAACUUUUUGGAUUAUGGUUUUGUUUCUGUUUAUAUUAUUGUUGGUUUUUUACCAAAUAAAAAUGUAUAUAUGAAGCACAGUAAAUAUAAUUAUAUAUUUGCAAAAAUAUUAUUAGUGUAUUUUUUAUUUUUUUUUUUUCAUUUUACAAUUAAUAUUUUUAAUAAUUUCCCAUUAAAUAUAUUUUAUUUAGUUAUUACAAUUUUUCAUUUAUCAGAGUUUUUUCUAUCAUUUUUACAUAAUAAAGAUAAUCAUAAUUUUUAUAAUUUUCUAGUAAAUCCAAAUCGUGCCUAUGUAUAUUUUUUUAUAUGCACAUUAAUUGAAUAUUAUGCUAAGAUAUUUCUAUUUGUAAUAUUAUCUGUUUUUGAAAAGUAUAUAAAUAAAAGAUUUCUCCAUAAGCUUUUAUUAUUUAACCAUUUUUUUUUGAAAAACUACUUAGAAAAUUAUGGAAAUUGCUCUUACUCAUAUUAUAAUAGAAUAAAAGUGGACAAUUUUAAUUUAUUUCGUAUAAAUGAAAUUAGUGAAAGAACAAAAAUUCUUAAAAAUUACAAGCAUUAUAACAAUCAAAUUAUUGGCAUAUUUUUAUCAAAAAGAGAACUGUUAAAAGAGAAUCAUUUAAAAUGUUUUCUUAAUAAUAUAUUUAUUAAAGAUAUUUCAAAUAAAAAAAAAUUAUUGAAUAGCGAGGAGAUUUUGUAUAGUAAAUUUAAAAUAAAGAUACAUGAAAAUUACAAAACAAGAAAAAAAUUUAAAAGUAUAAAGGACAACUCUAGAUUACUUACAUAUGGAAGAUGCAUUUUUAGCGAAACAGCUUUAAAAAAUAUGAUAGAUAAUUACCUGAACAGUACAUUUUCUAAAACCUAUGAUUUAAAUGAUUCUUUCUUUCAGAACGUUUUUUUAAAAUAUAAAAGGAUAUUUUAUAAGUAUGAGUUACCCAAUAUUUUUGGAAAAUUAUAUAAUUGUUAUUUAUAUGUAGUUUUAUUAUCUUUAGUAUUUAGUUUAAUUGGUCUAUUUUUGAGAUUAUUUGGAAUAAUUCAAUGUUCAAGUAAUUUUUCUUUUUAUGUUUUAAAUUCACAUUCCUUAAAAAAAAAAAAUAUGAAAAAAGAACAUUAUUUAGUAAAGAGAGGAUUAUAUAAAUACAUGAGACACCCGUGUUACACAGGAUGGUUUUAUUAUUCGAUAUUUUUACAAUUAUUUUUGUUUAAUAUUUUUUGUUUUCUCCUUUCUUUUUUAAUAUCAUGGGUAUUUUUAUAUAGGACAAUAAAAAUUGAAGAAAAUAAUUUAUUAGAGUAUUAUAGUGAGGAAUAUAAAAAGUACAAAAUGGAAACCCCUAAUAUAUAUAUACCAUUCAUGAAUAAUAUCUGA